AUGACGGUCCACGAGAGCGACGGGAGCCUUCACUCGGCGAUGGGCGUCAUGGGCGGGUUUAUGCAGCCACAGGGUCACGUCCAAGUCCUGUUCAACAUGGCGUUGUUCGGCAUGGACCCGCAGGCCGCACUCGACGCGCCUCGGUUCUGCAUUGAUGCCGUCGAGCUUGUGGUGCCACGGGCGGCGGGCCAGGCCCAGCAGAGCAAGGUGUUUGUGGAAGACGGGGUGGCCGAGGGGGUGGUAGGUGCGCUGGCCGACGAGUUUGGUCACAAGGUGGUGCCCACAGCCGGACUGGCGCGGUCUGUCUUUGGCCGCGGGCAGAUCAUUGUCCGCGAAAAGAGCGGGAGGAUGAUGUACGGCGGGUCAGACCCGCGCGCCGACGGAUGCGCGUUUGGCUUGUACUGA